GAAACAUAUAUUUAACACUUACAUUUUAAAGUAAACACAGAAAUUUACAGCAUUAGAAACAAAUAGUGGACAGAAUUAGGCAACAAGUGCUAGUGUUCAUUACUUAUACAGGCGAAAAGCAAGAGCAUUCGAUCGCUACUCUCCCAGGAGAAAUGCGAACUGUGCGCUGGGCAGCUCGAGUUUAUGCAAUGUUCUAGUUUGGCCCAGCGAGCAACAAGGAGAGCGGAAAGAAAACGGCAACUGAGCGCCGUUAAAAUUAAUAUUGCUUAUUGCAUUUGCUAUUGCUGAAGUGUACACAAACAGCGAGCGUGUGUGUUGAGCGCAACGCAUCCAAAUGACUGUUACUGUGACCAGCACGCAUGUAAUGGAGGCACAAGUCAAAGCAACACAUCAUCUGGCUGGCGGCGGCGGUGGUGGUGGUCAACAGCAGCACAGUUCUAAAGAGUCAAUCGAUUUAGCUGGCAAGGAGAUUGAGCUAUCAGAUGCGCCAGAGGAUGAAAUGACGGUUCUGUUAACAAAUAAAAAUUUUAGAUUUGAAACGGCAUCCGAUCUGGACGACGCCUUUGUCGAAAUUAAUGGCAGCCAAACGCCAGGCAAUGUGGAUUUUGAUGUUGGCGCGGAGCUGCCGCAAGUUACUUGGCUGGUUGACGAUGAGAUCGAUACGCUAGAUCGAGUCACACAGGAUAUUGGCAACAUUUUCUUCAAUCGCGUCGACAGCAAGGACAUUAUAUACCAACAGAAAAAGAAAAACAUCAAAAUGGUGGGCAAAUAUGUUAUGGGCGACGUGCUAGGCGAAGGCUCCUAUGGCAAAGUGAAAGAGGCCAUGAACUCGGAGAAUCUCUCUCGACUGGCUGUGAAGAUACUCACCAAGCGCAAGCUGCGUCGCAUACCCAAUGGCGAGCAAAAUGUGACGCGCGAAAUACAUUUGCUGAAGCAGCUGAAGCACAAGAAUGUGGUGCAGCUGGUCGAUGUGCUGUACAACGAGGAGAAACAGAAAAUGUAUUUGGUGAUGGAGUAUUGCAUUGGAGGCUUGCAAGAGAUGCUAAACCAUGCGCCAGACAAGAAGAUGCCGCUUUUUCAGGCGCAUCGUUACUUUCAACAGCUGGUCAACGGCUUGGAAUAUUUGCACAGCUGUCGUAUUAUACACAAGGAUAUCAAACCGGGCAAUCUGCUGCUCACGCUAGAUGAAACGCUUAAGAUAUCAGAUUUUGGUGUGGCCGAGCAGCUGGAUCUGUUUGCGCCGGACGAUACGUGCAAGACGGGUCAGGGCUCGCCAGCGUUUCAGCCACCCGAAAUCGCCAAUGGCCAUGAAACAUUUGCAGGCUUCAAAGUGGACAUUUGGAGCAGCGGCGUUACACUUUACAAUAUGGCAACGGGUCUUUAUCCAUUUGAUGGCGACAACAUUUACCGACUGCUGGACAAUAUUGGACGCAGUCAAUGGGAGGCGCCUGACUGGCUUUAUGAGUUGGACGCCAAAUUUGCCAAUUUAAUAUUGGGCAUGCUACAAGCCGAUCCCGAAGUACGACUCUCUUUGCAGCAGAUACGCAGAGAUACUUGGUUCCUGUCCGCACCAGCGAUAAGUUGCCCACCGAUACCCAUUCCUCCACUCAAAGGCGACAAGUACGGACGCACGACUGUGCUGCCCUAUCUAGAAGCCUAUCACUAUGGCAAUGAACAGGAUCAAGAAGAUGUUUAUUUCACCGAACAUGAUGUCAAUCAGGAGCUGGCGCGACGUGCUGCUGCUGCCGCUGCAGAGAUUCGUGCCACCAAGACAGCGGCUGCUAAUGCUGCUUGCCAUUUGUACGAGCCAUCCACAAGUGCUAAGGCUGCAGCUGAUGUCACGACCAACGGCUCCAUGGAAACGUCUGUUAAGAAGAAGGGAUCUACCUUGAAGCGGCGCGCCAAGAAACUAACAUCCUGCAUUUCGGUGCGCAAGCUAUCGCAUUGUCGCACUUCAUAGGCCAUGCUGCUGAUGCUGAUGCUCCUAGAUUUUAGUCUAAUUCAUUUUUGAAAAGUAAUAACUUUGUUAACAAAUUGUGAGCAACUUUUUGGUUAUUGUUUUCGUUUAGUUUCCUUUAUUUUGUUGUCUUACGUUUGCCAAGUAUUUAAUAAGCUAUAGAGAGAGAACUAUCAAGGUCUACAGAUCAUCCUCAGCAGAAAAACAAGAGCAUUAAGUUAGCUUCUAAAGCCGACAGCAGAGUGCAAAGUUAAAUCCAAGUGACAAUACCGUGUAUUAUAUUGAAAGAAAAUCGUUGUUAAUGGCGUUGAUAACUAUUUUGUGUAUAUUCAAUAGAGAACAAAUAAGUAUGUUGAAUAAUUGCAAUUAGCAAAGCUGCGUCAAAGUAAACGUCGCGACGCAUCGAGUCAAGGCGCAAAGAGAAAGUAAAAAAAUGUUCAAAUAUG